GCAUCCUGCACACCUCUCAUAAUAAGAUAGUCCAUGUUCGUUUCCGAUCGUGACGUCAGAAGGUUAAAUAACCUCCCUUUCAAAGUUUCAUUCUGACUAACCGAGGAGCAGAAGGAACAACGUUCAAAAUGCCUGAUGUACCAGCUGGAGAUGUUGAUAAGGGCAAGAAGGUCUUUGUCCAGAAAUGUGCUCAGUGCCAUACUGUUGAAGCUGGAGGAAAACACAAAACCGGGCCCAAUCUGAAUGGGCUGUUUGGCAGGAAGACCGGCCAGGCUGCAGGCUUCAGUUACACGGAUGCCAACAAAAGCAAAGGCAUCACAUGGGGAAAGGACACACUAUUUGAAUACCUAGAAAACCCCAAGAAAUACAUCCCUGGAACAAAGAUGGUGUUUGCAGGCAUUAAGAAAGCCCAGGAGCGAGGACAUCUGAUUGCUUACCUUGAAAGUUCAACAAAAUAACCAUGGCAACAAUAGGAUUCUAAAUUAUUGAUUUUGUUUUUUACCAAGUACAUUUGAGAUUUUAAAAUUUCUAUAUAUCUAUCAUUCAUUACAAACAGCUAGUUGAAAAGGAAAUUAUUGUGAGAAUUUGGGAAGCAUAAUGCAGUUGACUUGCCGUGACAUGUUGAACCUUUUACUAUGAACUCUCUUGAAUAAGUUCUUGGUAAUUUUCAGAUGUAAUACAUUGAAUUUGAUACCUUCAGAUGUGAACCAGUCUCAAUGAUGGAUUUGUUUUAAUACAUGUAGAUACCUGCCCCAGGAUGGGCAGUUUUCUCAUUGCUGAACAUCAUAACAUUUUAAUGCAACUAUUUUAACAUGUAUUUUAUAUAGUUAACAACAAGUUUUGUGUUUUAAAUAAAAAAGUUGGAAUUGCU